AUGCGGCCCCAACCACCGGCUUUCACUGACGUUACCAAAGAAAAUAUUUCUUCACUUGAACAUAUCAUCAAAAACGCUUUAAAUCGAGCAAGUUUCAUCGCGUUAGAUACUGAAUUCACAGGUCUUGGUGGUAAGGAGGCAAAUACCCGAGCACCAAAUAUUGAAGAAAGAUAUAUCAACUUAUGUAAAGUUGUUAAAGCUCAUGCCGUGGUGGCUUUUGGACUUACAGUAUUCGAAGACAUAGCUUCCGGACAGGAGACUUCUCAAAUAUAUGAGAAGCAAUACGAUGUAUAUAACUUUAAUUUUACAUUAUGUAGUCAAGUGGAUCAUAUGAUGAGUCCUCGAAGUUUGCAAUUCUUAUCUGAUUGCGGGUUCGAUUUCAAUAAACAAAUCCGCAAAGGAAUCCCUUACACACCUGGACACGAUCCGACAUCAACUUGCUCCAAUGACCUGAAUGCAAUAAUGCGCUCCAUAUUUUCCCACAUCCUAACGCGGAACGUUCCGAUAGUUGUCCAUAACGGGUUUCUCGAUUUGAUUUAUAUUUAUUAUUCAUUUUAUACGGAAUUACCGGAAAAACUCAGUACUUUUGUUGCAGAUUUAGUUGAAAUGUUUCCUGCUGGCAUAGUGGAUACAAAAUAUAUAGCAGAUUAUGUUACUAGAGAAAAAAGUAGCUUUUUGGCUUACUUAUUCAGGAAGUAUGAACGAGAACAAGUGGAUCGCAAAAACUCUGGUGAUAAAACCUAUUUAUUGAUACGAAUUCAAGAAGGUCGUGACAGCACUCAACGGACGAAUAUGGAUAUUCGCGAAAAAACUCAUACUGAUGUAAAAUCUCCUAAGCGAUCUCUUGAACAACGGUAUUGCGAACAGUAUGCUUUGCACGGAUUUUGUUCUCAACGAAUGAGAUGCGGAAAUUCGCACGAUUUAGAUUUUAUACUGGAUGAGCAAGCAAAGGAAGCUGACUCAAAGCAUAAACGUCGUAAAGGCGGAAAAAUUCAGCCAGAAGGAAUAAGACAAAUUCAUAUAAACGAAGAAUGUUCUGAUAAUUCAAUAGAGCAUGUAUCAGCUUCGAUGCCACCAACUGUUAUACCAUCCACAAAACCUGAUCAAUAUGACAACUAUCAUUCCGCUCAUUUUGAUGCUUACAUGACGGGUUUCGUUUUCGCUAGGCAGUUGAUGAAAUACACCAGUACCACCGUUAUGAAUGAAUAUAAGAAUAAGUUAUAUCUUAUAGCCAAAAAUUUACCACUGUUGAUUGAAAAAAGUAAAUUUAGUAAGACAAGCGUCGGUCAUCAAGAGAAGCAAAAAUCUUUAUGA